AUGCCCACCUCUCCGCAGGCCGAUAGCACCGAGCCCGAAACCACUGCGAUCACCGACCCGACCGAGCCACCAAGCUGCAUUGCCUGCGAAAGCACCACGAGGAGAGUAUGGACUUACAUCCAGUGCGGUUUCAACUUCUGCGAUGAUUGCUGGGGAAAAGAACGUCAUCAUAAGUCACGCGUCAUGGGCAUCGGCGGCCGUCCCCACGAGAAGUCAGUCUUGGGUGUGGCCAAGGGCCUCGAAUAUAUCUUCCGCAACAAGGAGGUUGAGGACCUAGACGGAGAGUUUGCCAUAGAUGCGAAGAACAAGUGGUUUGGCAUAGACCGGGGUAGCGAUGGGUUGACGUUCAACUACACAGAUCGCUUGACCGACCUCAGCAUACUGGAGAGUAACGACCACAAUGCCGCUGAUCGCUUCCCACAUCUGGUUUCAUUUGUUGGCAAGACUGGUACGUCCUCAUUAUCAGAGACAGUAUGGAUCGAGCUACCUACUGAUACUUGA